AUUUGGGUGAAUUUAGUGUGACGAAUUACAGAUGGCAGGCCUGUUCAUCUGUCAAAUUUUAGUGGAAGGACGAAAGUAAUGGGCGAGUGAAACACGAAAAUAUUUUCUACAACGUUACAAGUGCUUUUUUUGAUAUUAAACAUCUAAUUUCAUCUAAAUAUUACUUCGUCGAAGUGUUUUUGUAAAUAAAUAUCACCCUAGAAAGUUAGUGAUUUGCCAAAAAGUUGUAGACAAAAUGGCAGCCACUAGGAGGUUACAAAAAGAACUGGGAGAUAUAAGGAAUUCAGGAUUAAAGUCAUUCCGGGAUAUACAAGUGGACGAAACAAACAUCUUGACAUGGCAAGGUUUAAUAGUUCCAGACAACCCUCCAUACAAUAAAGGCGCUUUUAAAAUAGAAAUAAAUUUCCCAGCAGAAUACCCCUUCAAACCACCUAAAAUUAACUUCAAGACGAAAAUAUACCAUCCAAAUAUAGAUGAAAAAGGACAGGUCUGUCUACCUAUUAUUAGUGCCGAAAAUUGGAAACCUGCUACAAAGACAGAUCAAGUUAUCCAAGCUUUAGUGGCACUCGUUAAUGAACCAGAACCUGAGCACCCUCUGCGUGCAGACUUAGCUGAAGAAUACCUUAAAGAUAAGAAGAAAUUUACGAAAAACGCUGAAGAGUUUACGAAAAAACACAGCGAGAAGAGACCGACGGAUUAAUGAAGAGCGGACUGUGAUUACUUAAUUUUUUAUUUUAAUCCACGAUAGUUUUCAGCACACUCGACGAAUUCACGGGGUGUAUUUAUAUUGACAUUUAAAAUUAUAUUUUCUGUGUUACCUCACUCGUUUUCAUGGGCCCCUUUAUUUUUAUUUACUUUAUUAAUAUAAGUGAGUGGAUUUCUGUUCAUGUAACGUGGGGUAGAUUAUUUAAUUUGCAAAAUGCUUAUGUAAAAUUAAUUCUUCAAUAAAUACAAAAGUUUA